CUCACUUUUCAUUACUGGACUCGGCCCUUUCUCACUUCGCUACUUCCAUCGCUAUCUAUCCUCCAUCCGCUCUUGUAUCCUGUCCUGAUCCCUGCACUUUGUUGGAAGGCUUCAUUGUAUUGUCUGAAACAUCAGCACAUCAUGGAUUCCCUCGUCCUCGAGCCUCAAGUGACUCUGACCCUCCGCAAUCUUGAUAACGUCGAUCCUAUUCCCGAGCGACACAUCGUCCUGAAAUCUCCCAAGUGGAGCGUCAAGAUCGGUCGGGGUACCCAGAGCGGAGACGAACAACUACGUCCCUCUGCAAGCAAUGCCUGGUUCAAUUCAAGAGUGAUGUCAAGAAGCCAUGCUAUGAUCUAUGCAGACCCAGAAAACAAGACCGUCCACAUCCAAGAUAUCGGCUCGAUGCACGGUACACACUUUGCAGGCAGAACUCUGAAAAUGAAUGCCCCUGAACCACUAUUCGUGCGCGAUGUUGUCACACUGGGGGCCAAUGUAACGAGGGGUAGCAACUACUUCACGGCACUGAACCUCAUGGCCGAUUGGACCUGGUCAGACAUCUUGACUCCUGCAAUCGACACUGCUGCUGGACCUUCCAAAUCUAUCUACCACAACACAUUCUCUGCAGAUUACAGCGAAGACGGCUUUGAGCAAGAUCCGGAGUCGGAUGUGGAUUUCUACGAGGAAGAAGAUUACGACACGAAUGCCCAUGUACAGAGCAAUGCGCACCAAGACCCUGACGUUGACCAGGAGCGAUACUUGGCAGAAACACACGUCGAGGAAGUCGAAGAACGCGAAUACGUCCAACUCGAUGACGAUGACGAUGACGACGAAGCCGAAGAAGACGACGACGAGGUCGAAGUCGUGCAGGACUCUCUUCGUGAGCCAAGUGUCGAAGUGAUAUAUCCACCACGUACCUUUACCGUCCCUGAAUCCGAUGACUCCGACGCACCCAGCUAUGUCUCCAGCAGAGAAGAGUCGGUUGCUGAAAGCCCUACGUCCAGCCAGGUCGAUAUCGACGAGGGAUACGAGGUCAAACAACACGAAUUGCCAUUUGGGUUAUUUGACGAUGGUAAGGGACUUCAGGCUUCUGGUAUUGCAAAAGAUACUGCAAAUGGUCCCGGCGAAGCAAAAAAUAUUAUCUCAGAUAACGAGCAAUCGGCCGGUGACGUGCAACAGCAAGCCGACGCACACGCGGUACGAGCACCAAGUCCCUCUGAUGCGGCGAUGGUGAAGCCUACAGCCGAACAAUCCCAAGCCCUGGCUGCUCCUCCCUUCAUUCAAGACACGAACCAUCACGGUGAUACUGCACAUGCUGACACGGCUGUCGGAUUUGCACGGUCUGAAUCAGCCUGGGCCGGCCACAACUCCGUCCUGUAUGACAACCUGUCGAGCGUCUAUCAGGCCCAAGGUCCAUCAUCUGCAGCUGUUACACACUCCUUCGCAGCAUUAACCUAUGAUUCACCAUAUUUGGGCAACGAGCAUCCUUGGAGUGAGGCUGAAUCGUACUAUGGCCUGAAUCUGCCUCCUCUCCAGCCAUUUGCGCAGGCUGUCAAUCCGGCAUCUAUCAACAACACUUCCGAGUCCAGUGCGAGGCCACUCAAGCGAAAGGCAGAACUUAUCACGUCAGAUGCUUCUUCAUGGGAUGGGUCUCGGUCCCCUGAGCUUUCCUCCAAGCAGCUCGAAGCUUUGGAUGUGACGCAGGAACCGCUCUCAGAGGCUGAUAACCAAGACGUCCACAGUCCACUCUUGGAGCCAGAUGUACCUAUGCAGUCUACAGAGGUUGCAAUGCCGCCACGCAAGAAAGCGAAGAAGAGCAAGCAACGAUCCUCGGAGCACCGGGACAACACUGGUGGUGGCUUCCUCAAGAUUGCUGCUGCCACACUUGCAGGCAUGGCAAUUGGCACUGUUGGUACGAUCAUCGGUCUUGCUUCUUUGCCCCCUAUUGCAUAGUCAGCACAUUACCAUUCCAACAUAUCUGUUAAAGUUUUCCAGCUUUAUGAAGCCGCCUUGGCUAUGGCUGUCUUCAGGAAAGGGCAAAGAUGCAUGACU